AUGACACGAAUGCAUCAUGAACAUGUGGUGCGAUUAUAUGGUGUAGUGCUGGACAUGAAGAAAGUGAUGAUGGGCAUGGCUUACCUGGAAUCGAACCGCUUGAUACAUCGUGAUCUGGCCGCCAGAAAUGUUCUUGUGUUUUAG